UUGCCUGCUUGGCCAAGUUAGCUGUGAAGAGCUGUUUGGGUUUCUCUGAGCUGUUGGCAGUCAACGACGCGUUGGCUUUUUUUCAUUGGCCGAUCUCAAACCCGGUUAACUAUACUUUUACACAAUUAGUUUAAUUAAUUGUUCAAUCAUUUUUUAAAAUAAUUUUUAAUGAUUAGUUAAAUGUUUAUAUAAUUUUUGUUCUGCACAGCUUUAAGAGAAAUCACAUCAAUGAUAACACAUUCAAGACUUUUUGUUACUCUUUUUUUAACCAUCUAUUGUGGAUGUCUUGGUCAAGUUCCAGCAUCUAAUCAACAAUUUGAUCCACCACAUCGCCGAUUCGAAUACAAAUAUUCUUUUAAAGGUCCAUAUCUCGCACAAAAAGAUGGGACAGUGCCAUUUUGGAUUUAUGAAGGAUCUGCAAUGGCCUCGGAAGAAAUGGUUAGGAUAACUCCAUCUCUAAGAUCAAAAAAAGGUUCAAUAUGGACAAAAACAGCCACCAUUUUUGAUUAUUGGGAAGUUGAAUUGUGGUUCCGUGUCAAUGGUCGUGGAAGACUUGGUGCUGAUGGAUUAGCUUUCUGGUAUACAGAUAUGAAAUACCCAGAAGGUCCAGUCUAUGGGUCAGCUGAUAAUUGGAGAGGCUUAGGUGUCUUCUUUGACUCUUUUGACAAUGAUGGCAAAGGUAAUAAUCCUUACAUUAUGGCUAUGGUCAAUGAUGGUUCCAAGAGCUAUGACCAUCAAUCUGAUGGUUUUAAUCAACAGAUGGGAGGCUGUUUAAGAGAUUUCCGUAACAAACCUUUCCCUGUACGGGCUAAGAUUGAAUAUUAUAAGAAUGUUCUUACUAUUCUGUUCCACUCGGGUAAUAGUAAUAACGAGGAUGAAUAUGAAUUGUGUACUCGAGUUGAAAAUGUAUUCCUCCCACAAAGAGGUUACUUUGGUGUUUCAGCAGCAACCGGUGGCUUAGCUGAUGAUCAUGACGUGCUUAAAUUCCUCACAUACUCAAUGCAUGUGCCAGGGAGUCAACCAGCAAUUCCACAAGCAACUGGAGCUCUUGCUGACCAAGAAAAGGAGAAAGUCUCAAAAGAAUACGAACAUUACAAAGAGAAACUAGAAAAACAAAAGGAAGAUUACUUCCGACAACAUCCCGAUGAAGCUAAAAAAUUGCGGGAACAAGAAGAUAUGUCCCCUGAUCAUGAAUAUGAAAGUCUCGGCGAAAAAGAGCUACAACAAAUUUUCACUGGUCAAAGUCAAAUAUUUGAUGUCCUCAAGAAUUUGAAUAGGAAACUAGAUGAAAUUAUUGGCAGGCAAGAACGAACUCUUUCUUUGGUUGGCUCUUUCCAAGGUGCCAUACAAACUGGAGGAGCUUCUGGCGGUCCAGGACAUCAAGGUGGCCCUCCUCCAAUUUUACCUGCGCCCAUCCAAAGGCAUGAGGUUGAAUCUUUGUUGUCCCUGCAACAGGAGCUGGUUCGCAAUUCGCGAGACAUGAAGAGUUCCCUUCUAGCACAAGCAAAUGCUCAAGCACAACCAGCCUCAGCCCAAGCUGCCCCACACUCUGUGCAAUCAAUUAAUCAGCAAAUGUUGACUGAUGUAAGGGAUAGUAUAAAUGUUUUAAGAAAGGAUUUAAGUCAAAUAGGUACUCGUGUAAUGGCAGCAGGUGGAAAUGGCAAUCCACAACCCAUUGUCAGUUGUCCAACUAAUAACUGCCUAACUUUUACAUAUUUCCUUGUGGUAACAUCGGUCCAGCUAAGUAUCGUAUUAGGCUAUCUAAUCUACAGAAGUAGUAAAGAUAGUCAAUCUAAAAAAUUUUAUUGAAUAUUUUUUCCACUAAUUAAAUUAAAACAAUUAAAACAAUUUU